UUUAAACGUGUUUACUGUUUACGGACAUGGAACAGUCAACAGAAAAUUUGUAUCGUUCAUAGUAUCGGAAGUUAAGAUUAAAUAAUAUAUUAUACACUAUUUGUGCACUUUUAGCAAAAAGGAAAUAACAUGGAGUUGACCCAGAAGUUAGAGUGUACUCAAAAAAUUUAUGAAAACUAUACAGAAAGAUCAUGUCCAGAACAGAUUGGAUACUUAGGAAUUUGUGGGAAAAAGUACCCGGUCAGAAAAGGACUCAAUAAAAUUGGUCGAGAUUAUCAAAUUUGUAACAUUGUUUUAGAUUUGGCUUCCAUAUCCCGGCAACAUGCAGUGCUAAAUGUUUUGAGCAACAAAGAAUACACACUGAUGGACAUGGACUCAGCCAACAAAACAAUAUUAGAAGAUAAAGCACUGCCACCUUAUAUACCUCAUUCAAUAAAGAAUGGUGACACAGUACAAUUUGGACAUGCAUUUGGUGUAUUCAGAUUACUAGAUGAUGAGAAUGAUCUACCAAUGACUCAAGUAUUAGAUAUACCUGAAACACCAUUAACUAAUAAAUGUGUAUCUAAGAUAAAUCAUAUUACUACCAUCCCGGAAUCACCAGAAGUUAGUGAUAGAGAUGAAUCAUUUAUUGGUUUAUCACAAUCUAAAACCAAUGAGGUAUUUAAAAGUCCUAAGAAUAAGUAUGCAAAAGCAAAAGGAAAACCUAUUACAAUACAACCAAUUGGACUAAAGAAAAUAGAUAAUGUUUUUUGGAAUUCUUCAAGAAAAUCAGAUUCAUUUGAUUCACAUUUCAAUAAUUCAGUUAUUUCUGAAAAAUCUAGUAUCACAAAUGUAAGUCAAAUGAAUAUACAUGACUUAGAGACCCAAGUACCAGAUAGAUGUAGUGACAGCAGAAACUCUAUUUAUGAGGCUGAUACUCAAAUCCCAGAAAAUCCAACAUCACCUAACAUAUAUGGAAUGGAAACACAAGUCCCAGAGACAAAUAUAAUAUCUAUUGGGAAAAUAUCAGAUCAGCUUGCAUCACCCAAUAAAGUGUCUAAUAAUCAAACUCUUGCUGUUAAAUAUGAUAAAGAUGAUAAAUUACUUCAGGUGAGAAAUUCAGAAAGACAUUUGGAUAGUGUUUCAAAUAUUCACCAUGCUGAAACACAAGAAAUUUUGGAAAAAAAGAAUACUAAUUAUGGUUUCAACAAAGACUGUAAUUUUUCAGAUGAAGAUAUUUUAUUUGAUGAGUUUGAUUGUGCAAGUGCAGAUGAUUACUUAGAUUCUCAACCAAUUUUACCACCAGGUAUUUUAAAUACUGAAACUGAUAUUUCUAAUCAAAACACUGAAUCAAAUAUAUCUAAACUGGGGGAAGUUGUAGCAGAAGAAACUAAUGAAAAAGCAAUACCUUGUAAGACAACAAUAAGAAAUCGCCUAAAAUCUGAUAGUUCAACAGAUUGUGAAGAUAUAUAUACAUUGCCCACUCAAAAAGUUCCAAAUAAAUCUUUUGAUAUUACAAAAAAUGCAUCUUUUGAUGAAUUACCUACACAAAUAGUUAUGCUAUCAAAAAAUGAUGAAGAUCUUACUGAUUGUGAAGAUGAAUUUCCAAAUGUAAAUAUAAACAAGAAAACCGAAGAUGAAGUUAAACAGAUCCAAAAUCUCGAAGAUUUAAAUACGCAGAUUCUGACUGAUGAAGCUUUUGAUAAUAGUAUCAAAGAAAAAAACAUCCAGAAUAUCGCUCAAUUUGAUUUAGAAUACAUGCAGACCCAAAUUAUAGAACCAGUAAAAGAGGCUGAUUUAAAUUCUGAAGUGGAAGUAGACAACUUGAAUAUGUUUAAAGUCCCUAUACUUUCACCGAAAAAAUCUAAAAAGAGGUAUUCUGAAAAAUCUAGUUCCAUACAUAAAGUAGCUGAAGAGCAAAAAGCAAAUGAUAAAUUAGAUGAAGAUUCGAGUUAUUAUAGUGCCACUCAAGAUAUCUUAGAUGAUUUGCUAACACAAUCACAAACUGUUAAUGAAGAUGUUGUAUUACAUGAUAACAAUGAGGACAGCAACAGUAGUAAAAAAGAACGUAAAGUGAGAACAUUAAAGAAAAUUUCCAGUGAAGGUUCGGACGUUGAAAUCACGCCUAAAAAGCACACAUCAAUGAAAUUUAUCGAUAUAGAUUUACCUGACAGUGAAGAAAUAAAAAUCAGUGUCUCCAAUAAACACACAUACUUAAAACCAAUAGUAUAUUCCAGUGAUUCUGAUAGCGAAAGUAAUUCACAGCAGGGUACUCCUAUAUUAUUUAAAUCGAAACAUAGGAAAUCUAAAAACACAAAUGUAGCUAAACGAGAUUUAUCAAAGAAAUUUGACAAUGUUACACUACCUUCUAGAAUUAUUACACGUGUAAGACAACCCUCUAAAAGAUUGCAGGAGUCUUUACAUAGUACGAGCAUACUUAAGACUGCAUUGAUUUCUGAACAGGAGGAAUGUAUUGACAGCGAAAUUAUUAAAGAAAACUUAUCAAGGCUUCAAAGUAAAAAGGUGGAACAAAACAAGGAUGAUAACAAAAAAAACAAAACUAAUGGUACAACCAAAGGUAACAAAAGAGAAAAAAGUAAGACUCAGAAUAAGAUUACGCAAGGUGAUCCAUAUUUACAAGACACAAUCAAAUUACAAAAAGAACACGCGAACGUUAGUAACUCAAACACUGUGUCUAAAACUCGUCAUACACGUGGAAAAAAUAAGCAAAAAAUUGAACCAAUCAAAACUGAAGCAGGUGCAAGUCUACAAACAGCUACAGCUGUAAAUGAAACUACAGAAGCAAUUUCUGACAAACUUACAAGGAAAAGACCAAGCAAAACGGAUGAUAUAGAAAACACAACAGAUAAAUUGAGGCGUAGUAAGAGACAGCUAACCAAGAAGCCAGACAAUGAACCUAGGAAUAGUAAAGGUUCUGAUAUAUCAGUGGACAGUUCCUAUAAAAAAUCUAACAAACGAUCUGGCCAGCUUGAACAAAGUGCUGUGUACAAUAUGACCUUUGCUAGAGAUUCAUUCCAACUUGAAAGAUCAGUGGAUGUUGAAUUUGUAGUUCCACCAAAGAGGAUGAGGCCUGCUAGGUCAUCGGGAAAUUCUCGUAGGGCAACACCUGCUAAAAUGUUGACACAAUAUGUUUUAUUUACAGCUUUUCCAUGCAAUGAGAUUCACAACAAGUUGAAAAAUUUGGGGGCUGUGAUUGUGACAAACGUGAAAGACUGUACUGUUGUAUUGACUUCACAAAUAAAGAGGACCUGCAAGUUAUUAUGUGCUUUUGGGCUCGGCAAGCCCAUUGUUGGCCCUAAUUGGGUGCAGGCUUGUGUCGACACCAGUAUGAUUGUCGAUCCAUGGUUGUAUCUGCUAAAGGAUGAGACUGCAGAGAAACGGUAUGGUUUCAAGUUAGAAAAGACUCUGGCCAGCAAACGGAAUUUUCUCAAGGGCUGCAACAUCUCUGCUACACCAAACGUAUCACCACCAGAAAAUGAAAUGAAAUUGAUAGUAGAAUGUUCCGGUGGUACAUGGAAAAAGGGUGGGAAAAAGUGGAUUUGUGUUAGUGUAACAGCGGACAAAGCAUUAUGGGCAGGCUUGAAAAAUGAUGGAGCUACUGUUGUAUCUAAGGAGUUUAUAUUAUGUGGAGUUCUACGACAGGAGUUAGACAUUGACAGCUACAUAUUAGUGUGAAAUUAAAUUCUGUUAAGUGUGCAACAAAAUAUGAACUUAAUUUAUAUUAAAUAAGGAACAGUUGAACUGUGAAGCAAUUUAACUGCAAGUGUAUCAAUUGUGGAACAAUUGAUUAAAAAGUACAUUUACAUUGACUGUGGAGAAAUUGAAAUUGUGAAAAUUUUAUUAAUAGUGGAACAAAUGUGAAUAGUUGUUUUGAAACAUGCUGUUUUAAUGGCUGUAAUAUUUUUUAUUUAUGUAUUUCUCUAUAUAUUCAUUAACUUAUAUUUGUUCUGCUAAACUUUUACAAAUCUUUAUUAGUUUUAAUCUUUUGUGGGGUAAUAGAACUGGAAGUAUUUCCUAUUAUGUGUAAUUCUUUUGAAACAUUUUACUGUUGGCUGAAAUAUUUUAUUUUUGUAAACUAAUAUGGUAGAUUCUAAAUUCUUGCACCAAUUCCUUUAUAUAUUCAUUUUCUUGUUUAUCUGCUAUACUAUUAGAAAUGUUAAUUAGUUCUAAGUUAAUGCGUACCACCAAUAUAAAAUCACAAGAUUUCAACUAGAAAGAAAAAAUCUCCGUGCCUUUCUUCAAGUACAAAAGUUGUUUAAUUAAACAUGUUUGAGGGUAAAAUAUUUUGUAUAAUAUGAAUUAACAUAUUUGCCUAUUUCGUUAAAUUAGUUAUCCUCAUGUUUUCAUUCUGUUGUUGAAUAGAUGUAAUUAGAUUUACUUUAAGUGCAUACAUAAACUGUUUCUUUUAAGUUGUUUUAAAUUUUCGCUUAAUUUUAAAAAUAAUAAUGUUCAACAUUUCAGUAUUUUUGUUUCGUUAAUUUGAAAAACAAAUCUAUUAACUUUGAUAAACAGAGUUUUUUUUGAUAAAUAUUAAACUAAAGUUACCUCAUUAAUUAAUUAAACGAAUAAAACUGUUAACUUUGUUUCAAUCGGUUUUAUUUAAUUUUAUUAGAAAUUUUGGUAGUAUAUAUGUUUCUUUACCAGUCGUUUCGUAUAUCAUUCUUAUCACACAAUCUGAUUAGAGUAUCUUGGAGUUUUUAAAAUAAAUGAUAUAUGUUGCAAAUUUUAUU